AUGUAUAACGACAUUGAGUGGGACAAGGACGUGAUAGUGGUCCUCAAGGACGUGCGGAUAUCUCCACCGUACAGCCCCGAAAACUGUGACGGCUCACAAUCAGCCUGCAACAGGAUCAAGAAGCAGAGCUGCAAAGUAGCAAAAGUGCAUCUGAAACCCUGCUCGUGUGACUCAGGAAUAGAUCUCAGUAUGGCCUGCAGUGUCAUGAAAUGGCUCUUGCUGGAAACCAUUCUGGUCCACCUGGGUAGAGCUGACUAUGACCUGCAAGUGGAGCUGCAAAGCUUCUCAAACCCUCAGCACAGACUAGCCACUGGAGACUGCUGUGAAGGGGCCAACACAGAGCCAACCUGUGUGGAAUUGUGUGACGUGGCGUUUGUCUUUUGUUGGAAGAGCUAUUCGUCCACAAGCACGUCUAUCCAUGAAAAUGCCUGCUUUUCACGAGGGUCUACCAUUGUGUACGGCAAUAAUGAUAGUAUCAAUUUUCCUCUUGCGCCACUGCCUUCAAAAAAUCCUCAGAAUCCUCUGAAUAAUCCACUUACAAUAGCAGGAGAUAUCUGGCCAGGUGGCAUGCAGCUGUUCAUACGUGCUGUACAUGAUAACGGCUCCAGCAGACAGCUAAUUGACCACUUUCGACUUCAAGAGAGCCUUGCUCCAGGAACCACCACUGAAUUUAGGACCUACACCGGCGUUGGUAACAAAGGAAAUGUAGUGGCUCGGUUUAACCUCUCGUGUACCGACAACUACUACCAGCCAAACUGCUCCACCUACUGUGCACCUCAAGACAGCAAUGAACUGGGUCAUUACGAAUGUGAUCAAGACACUGGGAAGAAAGUGUGUCGCUCUGGAUACUCCUUCCCUUCCACCAACUGCACUGCAUGUGCCACAGCAAGUGGCUGCACACUGCAGAAUGCAUACUGUGUUGAACCAAAUGACUGCUUCUGCCGUGUAGGAUACAGUGGGCCAAUGUGCCAGCAAGAUAUGGAUGUGUGUGGACACACCACGCCUUGUCUGAGGGGUACGUGCAUUAAUCUGGGACCCAACGUCUACGAGUGCCACUGCCCCACAAACUACUUUGGACCCAUGUGUGAACACUACUACGAGGACAAUGUGUCGUGCAGUGAUAUCCUCUGUGGGAAUAGAGGGGAAUGUAUCAGCGGGACUGGAAACACUUACAACUGCUCCUGUCACGAUGGCUACGGUGGAGUAAACUGCACCGAUGAUCUCGACAUGUGUGCUCACUUGGCUCCGUGUCAAAACGGUGCCACAUGCAUCAAUAGCGGCCCCAAUGCCUAUAGCUGCGAGUGUACUAAAGACUACAAUGGAUCACACUGCGAUACACCAACAGCAGUUGUACAAGUUCCAAAUUCCACAAACAUUACUAGACCAUCAGAGAGCUCUACUGCAGAGCCAACUGCUGUGUCAGAGUCCAACCAUAGCCUGCCGACUCUACCAGUGAUAGUGGGGUGUGUGCUGGGAGGUCUGGUUGUGAUUAGUGUCAUUCUCUGCGUACUCCUCUGUGCAAUGAAGAAGGAUUGCCUACCGAACAGAAGAAAGAUGCCUCGAGACCCAGACGCUUCAAACGUGUACACGGAUGUCCAGACUGCAAGCAGUCGCACUGUGUCAAACUCCAACCAGCAACCCUCAAGUUCGCCAGAUUCCAACCAAAUCUCUGACCCCAGCACUGAGCUUCAGCAGCAGCAGCAGUUCACCAACCCACUGUACAGUGAAACUGAUCACUACUCCUCGAUUGUCGACUACCCACAGCGACGCAAUUCCGGUACUCAGCUCUCGUCAAGCCAGUAUUUGAAUCCGGUUGAACUCUCCAACUCGUACAAACAGGAUAGAAACACGGACAAAAAGAACUUUGAACGUGUGCCUUCUCCCUGCUACAUGGUCAUACAAGAUCGUCAGGCGAGUUUUCAUAGCACUUCGACCCCCAUAUCACCAAACACUCCAACAAAGCAAAGUCUUCGAUCAACCUCACACAGUUUUUCUGGCCCAGAGGAUCAGUACAGUGAACCUGCCGAUUCCCUAAAAGCAGCAAAGCAACCCCCUCUGUACCACAUUCUUGAAAGUGGUGCACCGGAAUCUUAUAGUAACGGUGCUACCACUCCUCCUGAAGGUGUCCUGCCACUUUAUAUGGUGUUGGAGGAACCCGGUGAACCAGUGAAAGUGCCUGCUAGUUCAGAGUACGCCGAAGCCAUGGAGCUCUCUCGCCACCCACGUUCUAACACUGCUCAUGUUCUUUCAGACUACGAAGAGCUUGAUACAUAAAUCCAUCCACUCUAUAGCAUGCUGUUCAUCCAUGCGCAUGUGUUCUGUCACUUCUGAACACAAAAACGUGUCAAUGUUCCGAGCUUUGUGCCCUUAUGUCUGUCAAUUUGUCUCUAUACAUCAUCAUAAUUAUUAUAAAGCACAUCUCAAACUUAAAAAUCUACAUUGUAUAUACAAUCACUUUUACUGUUUAUUUCACUAUAUACUACAUUACAGUUGUGUCCGUUGUUCAGUUUUGCUCUCCGCCAGUAUUAGCAUCAUCUCGAGGUGGAGGUACCUUUGAGUCAGCCUGUGGAGCAACUGGUGGACUGGUCUCUGUUGAAGCUGGUGGUUUUGGUGAUGCUUCGGGUGGUUUAGCAGCUGACGGUAAUGUUUUGGGAAGUUUGGCCCCUGGUGGGGAUACGGGUGAGAGUGGUCCGACGGUGUUGACUCCCCCUGGUGGUCUCAUGGAUGACAGACUCAGUCGAGGAGGUGGGAAGUUGAGGGGGGCCGGAGUCAUCUUAGCAUGGCUACCUAGGCCAGUUGUCCCAGUAAGACCGGUCGUGAAGGGAUCUGGAGCUAUCUUGCGCCGAGGCAUGCUAGUGGUUGGAGACGUAAGACUCGGUAGUGGAGUGCGCAUACUGAUCGCUGGCAGUGGUUUUGGGGGGCUUCCAACCCCUGGUAGAGGUUUUGGUGGACUCCCGAUCCCCGGCAGUGGUCGUAUUUGGCCUCCAAUUGAUGGUCUUGGUGGGCUACCCCCUAUACCUGGUAGUGGCUGUUUCGGAAGGGGCCUCAGUGGUGUAGGAAGGGUAGGAAGGUUUGGCUCAGUGUCACCAUUCAUACCUUCUUCCCCUGAAGAUUGCAGAGCUCCUUUUUUGAGCAAUGGCCUCACUCCAGCAGGUGCCUUUCCUUUUCCAAUCUCUGGUCGUCCUAUUGGAGCCAAAUGUAGUGGCUUAUCAGGCAUUUUUGUCGGUCCAAAGAGGCCAGCCCCACCUAAUGGCAGCAGCCUGGAAGGGCGGUCGGGCAUGGCUGCACCGGUCGGGCCAAAAGUGUCCUGCUCUGUAGCCAGAGCUCUGCUGGCUUGCAGGGACACUAGCCCUCCCUUGACAGGAGGCAAAACAGACCGGCGAUCGAGACGGUUUGGAGUCUCUUGCUGUGAGGGCAUCUUUGUCAGUGGUGGAAGACCCUG